UUUAUGGCGACAGUGAGCAUGUCCUCUCUUCUGAAGUUGCACGAAUAAUACUAUUAUUUAUCUGACGGGCUUUUUGUUUGACGAAGGCUUUGAAAGAAGCUCUUUUUAUUAUAUCUAUCAUCGUUUAUGUUGAGAACACUGUAAUUGCAUAAACAUGAUGAACAGGACAUUAUCGAGAAAACUUCUGGGCUCCAUGUGUGGGAUCUCCAGCCCUCGACUGAAGUUCGCUCAAAGCGCUGCGAACACUGUGCAAAUCCAGAAAGAGUUGAUCAAAACAAGGGAACUUGAAAAGGAUGAGCUGAGACCUCUGUAUAUGGACUUUCAGGCCACCACACCCAUGGACCCAAGGGUUUUGGAUGCCAUGCUCCCAUAUCAAGUGAAUUACUACGGAAACCCACAUUCCAGGACUCAUGCUUAUGGAUGGGAGAGUGAGAGUGCAAUGGAAAAAGCAAGAAAACAAAUAGCAGAUCUUAUUGGUGCUGACCCAAGGGAGAUCGUGUUCACCAGUGGUGCUACUGAGUCCAACAAUAUGUCAAUCAAAGGUGUGGCUCGGUUUUAUAAAGCUAAGAAAAAGCACAUUAUUACCACCCAGACGGAACACAAGUGUGUGCUGGACUCGUGUCGUGUUCUGGAGGCAGAGGGUUUUGAUAUAACGUAUUUACCUGUGAAAAAUAAUGGGCUGAUUGACCUGGAGCAAUUAGAGGAAAUGAUCCGUCCUGAUACAAGCUUGGUGUCCAUAAUGACUAUCAACAAUGAGAUUGGUGUCAAACAGCCAGUCAAAGAAAUAGGUCAUCUGUGUAGGUCCAAAAAUGUGUUCUUUCACACUGAUGCUGCUCAGGCUGUUGGAAAGAUCCCUGUUGAUGUCAUUGACUGGAAAGUGGACCUGAUGUCCAUCAGCGGCCAUAAGAUCUACGGGCCCAAAGGAGUUGGGGCUUUGUACGUCAGGAGAAGACCCAGAGUUCGCAUUGAGCCUUUGCAGAGCGGAGGGGGUCAGGAAAGGGGUCUGCGUUCAGGGACCGUCCCAACACCUCUAGCCGUAGGCCUCGGAGCCGCCUGUGAGAUCGCCCAGCAAGAGCUAGAGUACGAUCACAAGCGUGUGACGUUGCUUGCGAAUCGCCUAAUUCAGAAGAUCAUGUCUGAGAUUCCUGAUGUUGUGAUGAAUGGAGACCCAGAUCAGAGAUACCCAGGAUGCAUUAAUUUAUCCUUUUCCUACGUUGAGGGGGAGAGUCUGUUGAUGGCGUUAAAAGAUGUUGCACUUUCAUCUGGAAGCGCCUGCACGUCUGCCUCCCUGGAGCCCUCGUAUGUUCUCAGAGCAAUAGGGACAGAUGAGGACUUGGCACACUCUUCUAUUCGAUUUGGAAUUGGCAGAUUUACCACAGAGGAGGAAGUGGACUUCACAGUGGACAAGUGCAUUCACCACGUCAAGCGGCUGAGGGAGAUGAGUCCAUUAUGGGAAAUGGUCCAGGAGGGCAUUGACAUUAAGAGCAUCAAAUGGACCCAGCACUGAAUCAUUCUCUGCGGAAGAAGUAUGAAGACCUGCUGUGCUGUAAAUACUUGUUCUGUACAGCUUUAUUAGGCCGCCAUACUCCGAAUCCUUACACCUUAUUCCCUAAAAAAAACACGCACAAUUUUAUUUCUCAAUUUUUGGGGCUUUGAACCGUCUAUGUGGAGAUUUUAAGUGCACUUGGAUGAAUUGCAGAGGUUACAGAGGUGUGGGUUUGUGUCCGUUUUUUUGAUAUAUUAUUUUUACAGUUGCUCUGUGUGUUUAAAUCACUCAAAAUAUAAUCUCAAAAGACAUCUUAUAAUGAACAUGCAUUGAAUAUUGCCCUGUCGUGUUUUUGUGUUUGAGCAAAUCAUAAUAUAAACUUAAAAACACUUUAGGGGUCUAUCAUAUUGUCCUUUGUCAUUCCUGAGACCAGCAGAAAUAAUUUUAGUAAUAAGUGGUUUUAUUACAGAAGCCUUGUUUUAGGCAAGUCAAAUGUGAAUUCCAAGUUACAGUUAAUGAGUAAAGGUUUUCUUGAAAUAAAGGACAAUAAUGGACAGUAGGUGUCAUUAAAUUCACCUGCCCAUUAGAAAUGUAUUGCGUACGACUUCAUGCUUAUUGUCAAGUAUAAGCGUCUUCUGCGAUUGCGAUUCACAAAUUCUGUAGUGUCUUUGUUUUAUUCAAGAAUGUUAUACUAAUAAAUAUCCAAACCAA